AUGGAAACGGCUACCGUAGCCCUCCUCGGCUAUGCGGCUUGGAGGGAAUUCACGCAGAUAUUCUCGUUACGAGUUCAUGAAAGAGAUCCCAACGCCGUCAUCAUCCUUACGGUCGUGAUCGUUGCCCUGAUUGGCUACGGUAUCAGCUUGCCUCCACUUUGUUGGGCGACGCACACUCAAUCCUCGUCAGCCGUCGUCCCAUAUAUGUCAUGGAGAUUGCUAUUCAAUACAUUGAUAGUCAUCAUUGUGUUGUCACAGACACUCGUUGGAAGGCGAAAACGAGCAGUCCCAUUUUCGAAUUCGUUGUAUGGCCGCCAAUUGACGGUGGCCAUAGCAGAGUUAGUGUUCGGAUCCGUCUUCCUGCUAAUCUCCCAUCUGGCCCAUCGCCACUACGAGAGACUCCGCCUGAGACGCCAUGAAUCGGAUGAGGAUCUCGUCUUUGAUAAGGCCCCAAUUCAUGCAUUUGCG